AUGUUAUGCAAUCGCGCGCAUAAAGGAAACGGAGAGGCGACGAAGAGCGAGGAUCGAUAUGACAGAUUAGACGCACGUGAGUGCCUGGCGUGCGAGUGACGUAACAGAAACGGCUCUUUUAGCACGAAAAUGGCCGGCGCCGUGUGGGCCGAGGACGAGAUUGGGCGAAAGUGGGACCGUUGCUUUACGGAUGCGAUCCUCAAACUAGGCGGUGGUGUAGCCCUUGGCGGAGUGUUUUCUCUGUUUUUCUUCAAGAGAAGGAGAUGGCCUAUUAUAGCUGGUGCUGGCUUUGGAUUAGGCAUGGCAUAUUCCAAUUGUGAAAGAGAUAUAAAUGCAUCGAUACACCAACAAAAAUCUAGGAGCUGUAAAUCUGAAGGAAAGAAAUAAUUAUUAGGAUCUAUUGUGUAAAAAUAAAAUUAAAGUUAUUAUUAAAAUAAAAGUAUCAAGAAAUUAAAUAACUAUGUUGCAUUAAUUCAUUUUUUAUAUCUCUAAUUUUUAUUUUGGUAGGUAAAGUUUAUUUUAUAUUUCAAUUUCCCUUACCGCAAUUUCUCACUUAAGAUAAUAGAUACAAAGAUUGUUUAGUAAAAGAAAUAUAUUUCUUUUGUAGUGUGUUCAUUAUAAUAAUAAUAAGAUAGAAAAAUACAUAACUAUAACUAGUGUAUAUAGCACUAAAUAUUAAUACGCAUAAAUAUAUAACAAUUGUAAUGUUGUAAUAUGUUAAGAAAAUACAAGAUUUGUUUCUUUAAUUAUUUCAUCGUUGCUUAAAAUUAUUAAAAUGUACUUAUAUAUGUAAACUUGCAUUAAUUAUUAUAAUUUAUAUGUAACGGUAAGCCUGGGAAGCGUACAUGUACAGUUUACAUUUAUAGUAGAAAGUGUA